GUUUACAUUAGCAUCGAUAUUUAUAAAGUCGGAAAUUGCCAAAUACGCCGGUCCGUACCCUCGCCUUAAGAAACUAAGGCAUUUUCAAACAUGGAAGUCCUGAAAAAAUUAAACGACCCAAAUUUAACAGCCAGAUUUCAAAAAUUUUGUGGAGUUUCUUACCCAAAUAUUCAAAACUGCGAGGAAUGCCAAAAACAACACGAAAAUAAUAAUCAGGAGUUACAAAAAUUGGACAGGUGUUCAAAAUGCCGGGUGAGGGUGCAUGAAAAUUUUGGAUCCGCCUUUCUAUUUUAUCUCUUUUCGUUCUCAUCCUCCCUCGGGAAUGAGGUGUUUUACUUGCUUUUUUACCCGUAUUGUGUGUGGAAUGUGGACAGUAUUCUCAUCCGGAGGACCGCCCUUGUGUGGAGCCUGUGUAUGUAUGUCGGACAGGCCGGCAAGGAUUAUUUCUGGUGGCCGCGCCCCUCCUCUCCUCCUGUGAUCCGCCUAGAGACUGAAUUUCUCCAGGAGUCCUCCAUGCCCUCCACCCACGCGGCGUCCGCCACCGCCAUCCCUUUCAUGCUUGCUUACUAUCUCCUCGCCAGAUAUGAGAUAUCCCCUUACUUGGUCCUCCCUGUAGCCUUUCUGUGGUGUACCUUGGUCUGCCUCAGUCGCCUGUACCUCGGAGUUCAUACAGUCCUGGACCUCCUUUGUGGUGUGGGUAUCUCUCUCGUCAUCAUGGUAAUCUCGUUUCCAUUCCUAGAAGACUUUGAUUGGUAUCAACAGACACACCCCUUUGCUCCCUUUGUCGUCUUGACAACAGCCAUUGCUAUGUGCACUGUGCUAUACCCACAAAGCAAAGAUGGCAGUAGUUCAAAAGGCGACGCUGUGCAGAUUGUGUCAGUGCUUACCGGGGUCAGCAUCGGUUCUUGGCUCAAUUAUUAUUUUCAUUUUACCACUACCGGUGGUCUAAGUGGUCCUUAUGACGUCAAUAUUCCAACUGUGCGUGAUUUGGCCAUUCAAAUUCUGAGAUUUUUCAUUGGAGUAGUCAUUAUAGCUUUACUAAAGUUAACAUUGAAAGAAAUUACUGUACGGCUAUUUUCAAAAUUCUAUGGUUUGAAAACGCCUAAUCCGGAACAUCCUUCAGUGAAAAUUGCUUAUAAAUUUGCAGUAUAUGGUACUAUUGGUUUUUCUGUUGUUUUUCUUGUGCCAUUUAUCCACUGCAUGUUUGGACUUGAAAGAGAGACUUAUUUUCAAGAAGUGGUUUAGCAUGUUUAUUGAGUGCAUCAAGUGGCAAAGCCAUAGAAUAUAUUUAUUUAUAUUAAAAUGAGGAGUUGUUUGUCUGUUUUAAUUAUAAGUACCAGCCUUGAUGAAAUAUUAGCCCGGUGAAGAUUGAUUAACUUUAAAUAAUAAGUAAA